AAAAUUUCCCAAAAAAAGCACAAUAAUUUCAAAAAAACAGUGAGUAAGAAACUUCCAAGAGAAGUAGAGAAAUCCUUAGAUCCUUCAUAAUUCCCCUGUUUUUUUUUUCUCUCUCCUCAAUCUAGAACCUUCUUCAACCCCACAUCCCAUCUUUCUCCCGCCAUUAAAUUAUCUUCCAACUAUCAAACUACAAUUAAACCCCAAAACCCAGAAUUAAUCCAUCUUCAAUUAAAAUUAAAACCCCUUAAUUUUUCCCAAUUUACAGAAUUAGGGAUUGCUCUGUUUUUCAGCUAAAAAUGGAAAAUGUGAUUGUUAAGGAAGAAGAGGUAACUAUCCCAUGUAACGCGGGUACAGGAUCAUCAAUUUCAUCGUCUUCAUCAGUAUCAAGCUUCUCUGCUAGACCCAUGGAAGGGCUCCAUGAAAUGGGCCCACCUCCAUUUUUGAUCAAGAUUUUUGAUAUGGUGGAAGACCCUUCGACGGAUACUAUUGUUUCUUGGAGUAAAGCUCGUAAUAGCUUCAUUGUUUGGGAUUCUAUCAAGUUUUCUACUUUGCUUUUGCCCAAGUUUUUCAAGCAUAACAAUUUUUCCAGCUUUAUUCGUCAGCUGAAUACUUAUGGUUUCAGAAAGGUUGAUCCUGAUCGCUGGGAAUUUGCAAAUGAAGGUUUUCUAGGAGGGCAAAAGCAUUUGUUAAAGAAAAUCAAGAGGAGGAGAAAUGUUGGACAAAAUAUUCAACACCAAGGAGGAGCUUGUGUUGAGAUAGGUCACUAUGGGUUGGAUGGUGAGAUGGAACGACUAAGGAGAGAUCGUAAUGUGUUGAUGGCUGAACUUGUGAAGCUACGACAGCAGCAGCAAGUCUCUAGGGAGCAAAUCCGCACUAUGGAGUCUCGACUUCAGUCUACUGAGAGAAAGCAGCAACAGAUGAUGACAUUUCUAGCCAAAGCCCUUACAAACCCAGCCUUUGUACAGAACUUGAUGCAACAUAAUGAGCAGGGUAGAGUGUUUGAAGGCAUCGAGAUUGGAAGGAAAAGGAGGUUAACAGCUAGUCCAAGUGCAGAGAGCUUGCAAGAAGAAGUGCUAUCAGCUGCAGUCGAAGCUACUGAAGGGUUGGCAUCUGUUGAAUCAGAAAUCCAGACUUUGUUCUCAGCUGCAUUGGAUGAUGAGUCAAGCAGUGAUGUUAAGGAGCCAAUAUUGGAACCUGCUCCAAUUCCCUCAUCAGUUGGUGCAAAUUUGGGAAAUGUUAAUGAGAUUAGCUGGGAAGAGCUACUGAGUGAGGACUUGUUAGGCGAGGGGGAAGGUUAUGUUGGCGACGAACAAGAGGUGGAUGUACCAGUAGAGGACCUGGUGCCAGAUCCUUCAAAUUGGGGUGAGGAUCUACAAGACUUAAUUGAUCAAAUGGGUUUUUUAAGAUCAAAACCCGAGUGAUUUUCUUUGAUUGUAUUGUAAUGGCUCCUUGCCUCGAUUGCUUUACUUCUGCCCCUUGUGAUUGAAAGGUGGCAGGAGGAUGCAAGGGGCUGUAAUUGAUGGUUGAGAGUUUGUUUCUUGUGUUCUUUAAGAUUGGCUUACCAAUCAAGUAAGACAUUUGUGAUUUAUUUUGCAGUAAUGUUAUUCAUUGUUUUUUUUUUUUUUGCAGGGCAAUCUUAUGAUAGAGGGUAGCGUGAUUGGAGAAGAAUUGAUUUCGAUCCAAGAAACUGAGUUUAUAAUGAUUAUCUGUUGGAACUAGUCAACUAGGAGAUUAAUACUCCGUAUAUCUUUUGCUGAUAAAUAUCUGCAUUGGGUUUACGUAUACGGUGCAAGUACUGUCAUUUUUGUUACUAUGUAAUAACACUAUAACAGAUGUAAAAGUUGCCUUUGUUUUAGACAUCUACUCUGUAAUUAAUUUUUGGAUUCAGUUGUAAACCAAUACUGUAUUGCAGCUGUCAUUUAACUUAAUCUAACUUAAUGUAAGGAUUGCCUGGUUUUCUUUA